AGUUUUCAAAGCCACACUGAGCUCCAGAGACCGUGAAGAACUGAUCGGAGAGGGACAGUGUGUGUGUGUGUGUGUGAGAGACAGCGUGUGUGUGAGACAGCAUGUGUGAGACAGAGUUCUUGCUGAAGACCAGAACAUCAGGCAGAAUUUAGAGAUCCGAUUGAGAUCAGAUUGAGAACGCGACGAGUUCGAGCAACUUUGAAGUGACCUGAGAUCAGGUUCUUUUGUGAAGCACUUUCCAAGCCAGGUUCUGAAUAUCCCAUGAGGAUACAAUGUGGCAGCCUAAUGAGAGUCAGUACUGCAAUCCUACUGCAAAUCAGAUAAUAUGGCGAACGUGUUAGAGCCCAUGGUAUGCCAACGGCAGUGACUGUACAGAACGAGUGCCUACUUCUUCCUGCCUGCUUUUCGGUCCAAAGACUCUCCACUUCUUUUUUCCACAAAUCUCUCCUCACCAUGAAGAUGAAGACAUACGCCCCGUCCUCUCCCAGUAUUGCUCUCCUGCUCUUUCCUUCUCUUCUCCUGCUAUUUUCAGCACCAGACCUCGUCUGUGGUGAUUGCUGGCUCAUCGAAGGGGAUAAGGGCUACGUAUGGUUGGCCAUCUGCAGUCAGAACCAGCCGCCAUAUGAGACAAUCCCGCAGCACAUCAACAACACCGUGCAUGAUUUACGGCUCAAUGAGAAUAAGCUCAAGGCUGUAUUCUUCUCCUCACUGAGCCGCUUCACAAACCUGACAGACCUCAACCUGACCAAGAACGAGAUCUCCUACAUUGAGGAUGGUGCCUUCGCUGGCCAGGCUAACCUCCAGGUGCUGCAGCUGGGCUACAACAAACUGACCAAUCUGACGGAGGGCAUGCUGCGAGGCCUGGGACGCAUACAGUGCCUCUUCCUGCAGCACAAUCUCAUUGAGGUCAUUGCCACAAAUGCCUUCUGGGAAUGCCCCAGCCUCAGCAGUCUGGACCUGUCUUCUAACAAGCUGGCUCGAUUAGACUCGUCCACGUUCAGAGUGUUGGGAAAGCUGAUGGUGUGUGAGUUGGCAGGGAACCCUUUUCACUGUGGCUGUGAUCUCUACACUUUCCUCGUUUGGCUGGAGGCUUUCAACAAUGUCACACACACCUACGAUCGACUACAGUGCGAGACUCCACGGGAGCUUUUUGGCUACCCAUUGCUAAGUCCCGUUGGAGGACCUGGUCGAAGUGCUCUCAACAUCCUUGCCUCCAUGUGCAGAGAUGGAGUUUUUAUUCCAGGGAUGACUUCGUUGCCACCAGAUUUGGAUUCCUCAGGCAUGGGGCCCGAUAUGUUUGAUCGUAUUGGACCGUACCAUCAGCCCACAACCUCAUCCUCCUCUGAGAACACAUUUAGCCCUAGUAUCGCACUUCAGCAUGUGUCUCUUUCUUCAGCGUCCUUGCUCGUGCAGAUACCACGGCCCUACAGCAAGAUGUAUAUCUUAGUACAGUACAAUCAGAGCUUUGUUUCUGAUGUGAUGAACCUGAAAAACAAGAAGGAGUUGAUUACGCUGAACAAGCUCAUACCAAACACCAACUAUACUUUUUGUGUGGCCUCCAUACGCAACUCCCAGCGUUUUAACCACACAUGUCUUCACUUUUCCACUCGGACUCCCACUACAGAUGACUUGUUGCCCACCCCGUCCACUACCACACAUUACAUUAUGACCAUUGUGGGCUGCUUGUUUGGGAUGCUGAUUAUUCUAGGUCUGGUGUAUUACUGUUUGAGGAGGCGUCGAAGGCAAGAAGAAAAAGAGAAAUCAAUUUGUGUGAAAAAGACCAUCCUAGAGAUGCGGUAUGGAUCUGAGGUUGCAGCUGCAGCUGCUAAUGAUCCAACAGCAGUGCAUAAGCUCCAUGAGCAGGCCCACCACCAGCAUCACCAUGGCAAGCUUCCCAUGUCCUCCUCAAGCUCAGGCAUGCUUGGUCAUGGCCCUGGUAAUACCAGUUCCUCACGUCUCUCCACUAUUCCUCAAGUAGAGAAGCUGGCCACGGCCUUCUCUGAGGCCAUGGCAAACAAAGGCAACUACAUGGAUGUUAGGACUUCAGGAGCCGGAGAUGAGAGAGGGCGAGAUGGAGUAAGGCAGGCUGUUAGAGCAGAAGACCUAAUGGAGGAAGAUGGAAGUGACCUGGGAGAUGACUCAGAUGAUGAUGAUGGUCGAGGGUCAGCAUCAGAGAUCUCUACUAUUGCAAUGGAAGUUGAUAAAGUUAACCAGAUCAUUAAUAACUGCAUUGAUGCACUUAAACUCGACUCUGUAGCAGCUGCAGUGUCCUCUGCUGCCACAUCAAGUGGAAAUCCCACUUCACCACCACCUAGUUGUACCUCUUCCAUAACGAGGGGGCUAAUUCCACUCUCACCUAGUAUCAGUGAGGCCUGUCAGGUCCUGCCCUCCCCCAAAAUACCUCCUCCACCUCCUCUGCCUCUAACAGCUCCUCUUUCUGAAAGGCCAGGGAUUACAGGAGGAGGCUUCAUGUCACCUCCAUAUCGCCCUCCACCACCAGCCACGGCAGUGAGACCUAUUCAAAGACAGAUGAGUGCCGAUGCAGCUGUGAUCGUCAGCUCUUCUAAGAAACAUUGUGGUCCUGCUGGUGGAAAAGCUAGGGUGUAUAGCCUGGAUGUUCCAGAACCACGCAGUCCUGAUCCCUGUCAGUAUCCUGAGAAGGGUAGCCCAGCCCGGUGUGGGGAACCUCUGGAUAGGCUUCCCUUGGUUGGUGGUGGUGGUGUAAGCUGUAACAUGGAUGGCGUCACUAUGGAUGGCGUGAGCCUUCAGCAGCACCUGGAGGUACAUCCAGACUUCCACUGUGCAGAGCAUCGUCACUCGGUCCCUGCCCUCUACUAUGAGGGCUCCCAUGACUCCCCUGCACAAAGAGCCUCUUUCCUCAAACCCCUAUCACGUGCCAAGAGAGACGCUGCUUCUUAUUCUCAGCUCUCACCCCAGCAACACAACUACUCGGGGUACUCGUCCAGUCCGGAGUACUCCACCGAGAGCACACUGAGAAUCUGGGAGCGCUUCCGUCCGUAUCGAAAGGGUCCACGUGAGGAGUCCUGUUACAUAACAGCUGGAAAUGCACUACGCAAGAAGGUCCAGUUCGCAAAGGGAGAGGACCUACAUGACAUCCUGGACUACUGGAAGGGUGUGUCAGCACAGCAAAAGCUGUGAGCUUUGAAGCAGUGGGGAUCUAAAGCACCGGCUUCUACAGUACCUUAAUCGUUUCAAGAUCCUCUGCGGCGAUGUAGCCAGAAGGAUGGCUAGUGUGUACAAAGCAAGGUUGAGUAUGUCAGAGUCUGAGGACAAGUUUUACAGGAUGAGUCAUCAGAGAACCAGAGAGAGGGAGAGAGUGAGAUUCACAAUACAGCCCACGUCUGUAGUAGCAUUAAUUUAAAUCUAAUUUUAGACUCGUAAGUUGAGGCCAACUCGUGUUUGUUGAAGUUGUUCCAUAGGGCAUAUAAUUUGUUAUAAAAUAAUUGUGUUUGCCCUGCAUUCAUGAGUGAAUCUAUUGUUUAUACCGAUGGCGAGACCUCUGUAUCCUGAGUUCUCAUUCAGCCUCAGAAACCCUGUGCAUGUGAUUCACUGCCACUGCAUUCAUUUCUGAAUUAACCAUGUGUGUGUUCAGAGACUGCGCUGAUUUUCUAUAAAGCUGCCAAAACCAGACUUUUUCAUCUCUGUUCCAGAGCUGCCAGAUUUCCAUUUCAAUAGGAUCUCAAAAAAAGGAAAGAUAAGAAAGGAGGAGUACAGAAUAUGAAAAAUAAACCAGUACAAACACCCAAGAGAUCUUCAGCAGUGUCAGGAUCUUUUGCCAGCUGCAUGAACACGAUGAUAUUUAAAUAAAAGAAAUGUCAGUCAAAUUCAGGCCAGGACUAUUACAAAAGCGCUGGACAGGUGUGCUAGCUGGGAGAGAAAAACAGUCCCGGUUUGUAUUAAAUACACAUGCAAAACGUUACACAAUUUUAGAUUUUUUUAAAAAAAAGAAAUCCCUAAUAUACUUUCAAACUAUAAAUGACAACUUUAAUUCUCUAACUCUACCUCUAGCCCCUUUAUUUUCAGCCAUUAUUUAAUUAAAGUCCAGUUUGAUUAGGUUAAUUAAUCAGCAAUUAACCAAAGCUGUUUGGUGUAGUGCGUGGGAGUGAACAGUCAAGACUUCUAAUUUGAUUAAAAAUUAAUGUCCUUCCCAUUCUCUACGCUCGUUUAACCUACAACAUCAUGGAUCAAUAAGCCAAAAAAAUGAGAUUAGUUACACAGAGGGAUUAAUGUACUGUAUGUGUAUCAACAGCACUACAGAAGUGUAUGAGAAGCAUUUAAUCCACUGAAACGCUUCAUCCUGAGAGAUUGGAGCCUUAAAGAGUUUGUCAUAUAACAUCCUGGACAUCCUGGAUAAUGAUAAUCAUAAUGAUACUAAAAUAUAUGAUAGAUAUGAUCGAUAGAUAAAUCCUUCCAUUACUGCACAGUGUUAAAUGGAUAGGUCAUUUAAGAGACGUACGAUGAUAUCAGUAAUAAUCGUAAGGUGUUUAUGUUCUCAGUAUCCACUCUCCAGUUAUUAACAGGAUCCAUCAUCAGUUAGACAGCUUCUGAACUCAUAAACUUUCAAACUUCAUCACUGUUUAUCUAAAGAUUCUUUUAUGUAUUGUAUUUUUUACAUUCGUUUGGUGUUGCACCAUUGCAGCAUGAGAUCUUACACUGAAUUCAGACGGGAAAACAGGAGCGUUAUCCAUAAAUCUAACACCGAAAUGUACAAGUGUUAAAGAAACAUGGGGAAUGAGCAGCUGUAAUUACAACACAGCUCCGUUAAAGCAUUUCAACAUGACACGAGUGUUCAAGGCCAUGAAAUAAAUCGAUUAAUUCGUGACCACACAUAAUAAAAAUAACCACGUCUCCUCAGUGGUUCAGUAGAAGUGUGUGAUUGGAGAGCAUCUUUUUGAAGCUAAAGCUUCAAACACAUGCACGUUGAAAAUCAUUAUAGACAAUAAAGGAAGUGUAUCUGUUGUGGGAUACGCACUCAUCCAGUGUGAAUUGUCCUUUUAGUGUAAAUACAGUACAGUUGUUGAAAUCUAAACACAGCUAAUUAUCUCUCACUCUCUCUUCCUGGAGUUUAACAGUCAAUGGUGUGGGAUUUAGGAUUCAGAGCUGCUUGUUCCUAAACGUGACGUGUUUACAAAUGCGUGUCCGUAUAAAAGUUCACACCUGAAGGAUGAGCGAACAUCAUGGAUAUGAAGAGGCCUGUAUCUGAGACUAAGGAGGGAAUUACACCCCCCCCAACACACACCAGUGAAAAUGGAGAAACAACCAAGAUAACCCCAUCCACCGUCCAUCAGCCAUGGGAGCGAAUGGAGAAGGAGGAGGAGGAACUGUUACCGGAGGCUUACUGUGACAAACUUCCUGCUCAGUUUAAUUACUGCUUUAUUUCUAUUUCUACACAGAAAUGAACUACAGUCAGUCCACAUUCACACAUGACUGUAACGUCUGAUAGAUCCAUUUAUUUUUUGCCUCUUUUUCCUUUUCACUGAGCAAACAGUAAUUCCUGUAAAAAUCUCUGAUGAUAAUUUGAUCAUCAGAAAAAAAUUCCCCAUACAUUGUUUUAGGAUGAUUUUUAUUAUAAUAAGAUAAUUAUUCAUAAAGAUGUAUAUUGAUUGCUUGUUUUGGUUGUGAGAUGUUUGUCAGUGCUCUCCUGCUCAAGGCCGUUUAACAUUUUCUCAUUAAAACAUGAUAGACAUAACGCCCAGGCCAGACUAACACAUUGAGUGGCAUUUUCUCUGCAGACCUCUUCAUUAACGCAGAUGAAUAAUCCUCGCAGUCCUCUCUCCGAUCGUCUGCUGUAGUUUUAUAGAUUUCUGCAGCGUGUUGUUUUCACUCAUCUCCGGCUUUUCUGUCUGAAUUAUAUGCCAUGUUUUGACCUGAGAGGAGUCCGAGUGUUUACCUGGGAAUGUUCAUAGUGGAUAAUUACUCGAUCCGGUCAAAUGUCAACAGUUUGUUUUCUGCUCUGUAACACUGAGAUGAUAAUUACACGCUCGAGGCUCGGCUCAUUUUCCCCAAACAGCACCGACCUUACUCGCUGGUCAGGGUCAAA